CGGGUCUCGACACCUCACUACCUUUGAGUCCUAAGUCUUAAGACUUAGUAGCGCAGGUGGAGGUCCCAAACACCUAGGGCGCCCGCGGGCGGCUCGGUCAUGAGCAUUAGCGCCGGCACCUGAUGUCAAGCCCUCAGCUGAUCCCGCAGGCCUUUGCCGACACUUAGAUGAGCUCUAGUGCUGGGGGUGGGGGUGCGUGCUCGCCAUCACCAGCACACUGCCCAGCCCCCGUCGAGAGGGGAGUGCGGGGGAACUGGGUCUUGGUUUAACGGCUGGCUUAGUAUCCGCCCCCCCACACCCCCUUAAGCGCUUUCGCAGCAGAGACACAGGUUCCCCUCUUAGGCUUUCGGAGGCGGGAUCUUGCGCCGUGGAGGCGGGCAACCCUCCCAUCAGAAAAGCGCCGAACAGGCAGAAGACGAUCCGCCAAGAAGCAACCGGGGUCGGGGGACACAGAGGGAAGGUCGAGGUUCAAUUUGGGAGCUACGCAGCGAAGAAAGGAAAAGGGGUACGGUGGCGAGCGUGUUCUAAGGAGGUGAAGGGCUGGGUAGGAACAAUGUGAUAAAGCUGCAAUCGAAAAUGACUUUACUCCUGAAAGAAUGAGGAAAAAACAAGGUUGGAAAACUGUUGGCCAACCGCAAAGCAGAAAGGGGGGCGGGUAGGCGGGGUUAGAAAGCAUUCUGCCCAAGCCAACCGGUGACUCUAGGACAGGAAACGUCACAGCCAAUGGACAGCCAGCGCGGGACUUUCAAUUACUGUCCCGCCCAAUCGGGAAAAGACUGUGCCUAUAAAGACUGCUUGCCGCGCGGGCCGAGAUCCCGUUUGUCCCCCUGCCGCAGCGUCGGUAAGCUCGCGUUUUGUUUCGCUAUGGCCCGUACAAAGCAGACUGCCCGUAAGUCGACCGGUGGCAAGGCCCCGAGGAAGCAGCUGGCCACCAAGGCGGCCCGCAAGAGCGCGCCGGCCACGGGCGGCGUGAAGAAGCCGCACCGCUACCGGCCGGGCACCGUGGCCCUGCGGGAGAUCCGGCGCUACCAGAAAUCCACCGAGCUGCUGAUCCGCAAGUUGCCCUUCCAGCGGCUGGUGCGCGAGAUCGCGCAGGACUUUAAGACGGACCUGCGCUUCCAGAGCUCGGCCGUGAUGGCGCUGCAGGAGGCGAGCGAGGCCUACCUGGUGGGGUUGUUCGAAGAUACGAACCUGUGUGCCAUCCACGCCAAGCGAGUGACCAUCAUGCCCAAGGACAUCCAGCUGGCUCGCCGCAUCCGUGGGGAGCGGGCUUAAGGAGUGCGCGCUCGGUUCGAGGUUCCAUCGUAUCCAAAGGCUCUUUUCAGAGCCACCCACAGCAGCACUGGGAAGGAGCUGUAUCGUUUGCCCCCUGCCGGCACUAGAACGGGAAAAGCAUUAACUAGUUAGGAUCCCGGCAAAGAGUGGGGGCCAGGUGUCCGGUCCAGUUCAGUCCCUUCCCGCGGUGCCAUUUCGAGAUUUAGCGGAGUUGGGUCAACCUGCUUAUCUGGGCUGGCAAGGUUGCCGCUGCUUUCCUGGGCGUGGCCGGGACACGCAGUUUUGCACCAUCGCGGCGGCCACUGGCCCUCCCGCAGCGGCCGGCUUGCGCGUUUCCGCGGUCCGGCUCUUCUGGGGCGUCUUUUGCUCCGUGAUGGCGGCCCAGAAUUGGAAUUUGCCCGGCGGGGGUGGGGGUGGGGAUGGGCUGGUGGUGGCGAGAAGGGCGUCCGA